UGCAAGCCCCGCCCCGGAACUGCGGGGGACGCUGCGGCGGCACGCUGGCGCUGCUUGUUUGGAGGCGUUCGGUGGGCUUCUGAGGGGGUCGCGGCAGGGUAGCCUCGCGCAGCCAUGAAGUUGAAAGAGAAAAAAUCAAGGCCGAAGCCAACAAACUGUGGCAGAUUUCAGAAGAAGGGAAUCAAAGUUGUGGGGAAAUGGAAGGAGGUGAAGAUAGACCCAAAUAUGUUUGCAGAUGGACAGAUGGAUGACUUGGUGUGCUUUGAGGAACUGACAGAUUAUCAGUUGGUCUCCCCUGCCAAAAGUUCCUCCAGUCUUUUCUCAAAGGAAGAGCCCAAGAAGAGAAAGGCACAGGCUGUUGCAGAAGGAGAGGAGGAAGGAGAGCCUGGCUCCUCAAAGAAAAAGAUGAAGUUGAAGAAGAGUAAAGAUGUGGAAACUGAAGGAACUAGUUCCCAGAAAGUGUUUGAGGUCAAAGAUACUGAGCCAGCGCCCCAGGGAGAGGGCACAAUUUGUCCUGAUCCAGAGGUAGGGGAGAUGGCAUCAGAAAGCCCGGCCCAGACUGUACUAAAAAAGAAGAAAAAGAAAGGGAAAAAAAAAUCAGAGCCUUCCCAGGGUACUUCUCCGAAGAUGCCCAAAAAAGCAAAAACGUGGAUGCCUGAAAUGCAUGAUCACAAAGCAGAUGUGUCAGCUUGGAAGGAUCUGUUUGUACCCAAGCCGGUUCUCCGAGCACUCAGCUUUCUAGGCUUCUCUGCCCCCACACCAAUCCAAGCGCUGACCUUGGCACCUGCCAUUCGUGACAAACUGGACAUCCUUGGGGCCGCUGAGACAGGAAGUGGGAAAACUCUUGCCUUUGCCAUUCCAAUGAUUGACGCGGUGCUGCGGUGGCAGGUGAAGAAGCCUACCCCAGCUCUAAGGAACACAGGAGCUCCACCUGGGGAGACCGGCGAUGAGGCUGGAGCUGCGUCUGGAGCUUUGCCUGAUGAGAUUGGAAGUGAAGGUGAAGCACUUCCCAGGGAGGUUGGAUCGAAGACUGGAACACCACCCAGCCAGGCAGGAACCAGUACUGGAGCUGCUUGCUCAGACCAGGAGCUGCCGUCCUGUGACGGUGAUGUUGACGCCGGUGAAGGACCCUCUUCCCUGAUGAGGGAGAAGCCCAUCCCCAACCAGGAAGGAGACCAGGUGGAAAAGCAUGAUGGAGAGCAGACCGGAAAGGUGAAGCGAGGGUUGGGGGGCAGCGCUGCGCCGCCACGGCGUCCUCUGCUCGGCCUGGUUCUGACUCCCACUCGAGAGCUCGCUGUGCAGGUCAAGCAGCACGUCGAUGCUGUGGCCAAGUUUACAGGCAUUAAAACCGCUAUUCUGGUUGGUGGAAUGUCCACGCAGAAACAGCAGAGGAUGCUGAACCGCCAGCCUGAGAUUGUGAUCGCCACUCCAGGCCGGCUGUGGGAGCUAGUUAAAGAAAAGCACCCUCAUUUGAGCAACCUUUGGCAGCUCAGGUGCCUGGUGAUCGAUGAGGCUGACCGGAUGGUUGAGAAAGGCCACUUUGCUGAGCUCUCACAGCUGCUAGAGAUGCUCAGUGAUUCCCAGUACAACCCAAAGAGACAGACUCUUGUUUUUUCCGCCACACUGACCCUGGUACAUCAAGCUCCUGCCCGCAUCCUUCACAAGAAGCACGCCAAGAAAAUCGACAAAACUGCCAAACUUGACCUCCUCAUGCAGAAGAUCGGCAUGAGGGGCAAGCCCAAGGUCAUUGACCUCACAAGAAAGGAGGCUACGGUAGAGACGCUGACAGAGACCAAGAUCCAUUGUGAGACUGAGGAGAAAGACUUGUAUCUGUACUACUUCCUGAUGCAGUAUCCAGGCCGCACCUUAGUGUUUGCCAACAGUAUCUCCUGCAUCAAGCGCCUCUCCGGGCUCCUCAAAGUCCUGGAUAUCAUGCCACUGACCCUGCAUGCCUGCAUGCACCAGAAGCAGAGGCUUAGAAACCUGGAGCAGUUUGCCCAUCUGGAGGAUUGUGUGCUCCUGGCAACAGACGUGGCAGCUCGGGGCCUGGAUAUUCCAAAAGUCCAGCAUGUCAUCCAUUACCAGGUCCCUCGCACGUCGGAGAUUUAUGUCCACCGAAGUGGUCGGACUGCCCGUGCCACCAAUGAAGGCCUCAGCCUGAUGUUGGUUGGGCCUGAGGAUGUGAUCAACUUUAAGAAGAUUUACAAAACCCUCAAGAAAGAUGAGGACAUCCCACUGUUCCCUGUGCAGACAAAGUACAUGGAUGCGGUCAAGGAGCGAAUCCGUUUAGCUCGACAGAUUGAAAAAGCAGAGUAUCGGAACUUCCAGGCUUGUCUGCACAACUCUUGGAUUGAGCAGGCCGCGGCUGCCCUUGAGAUUGAGCUGGAAGAAGAAAUGUAUAAGGGAGGAAAAGUUGACGAGCAGGAAGAGCGUCGGAGACAAAAGCAGAUGAAGAUCCUGAAGAAGGAGCUGCGCCAUUUACUUUCGCAGCCGCUGUUUAAAGAUGACCUGAAAACCAAGUAUCCGACUCAGUCGGGCAAGCUACCCGUGUUCAUGUCUGCCCCAAGAAAGGGUGAGUCCGCGCUGAGCUGCCUUUCCAAACAGAAGAGGAAGAAACAGCAGCAGCCCAAGAAGCAGCCGCAGGAGCAGCCUCGACCGAGCACAAGUGCAGGCUGACCGCCCCAGGCCAGAGCCAGCUGCGACCGCACCGCGGCUGUGUUCUCCGGCUGUAUGGAAACCUUCCCGCCUUGGAUCUCACCCCACUGUCAGCUCUGCUUCCAGAAAUCUCCCUCUCUUCCACACCACCCCUCACAGCAGGACAGACCUCAUACAGAUUCGUGUUGUUUCAGAGUAAGAAUUCUGUGUGCCAGCUUAUAUAUUUCUGCAUUUCAGUGCUUACAGGCUUCUUGUAUGUGUAACUUGAUUUUCUCAAUUAAAAACAAUGGUCAGAA